AUGGACUCAUCCGGGCGUGGAGCUGCUCUCAGAGACCUUGUCGAUGCAAGCAAUCUACUUGGCCAUCUCGACCUCGUAACGUCACCUCCCGAUCCCAAUCUGCAGCCUCGGCAGUGCCUCCAGCUCGUGCUCGAGCACGCCUUCAAGAAGCGAGGCUGUCAGCCAGCCCAAUCCAGCAGCUCCCCGACAAGUGCCUCUUUUAGCGACAGCCUCUUCCAAGGUCCAGGUCUUGAGCUGCUCUCACUCUUUCUUCGAACUCACAAGCGAGUCUUCACUAAAAAGCUCAGCGCCGACGACGACGCCGAUGUCGACAUCACUGCACAGAGCUCAGCCCACGCCAAAGUACUUCCUGUAAUUCAGUCGUCCGGAUUUGGCAAGUCGCGACUGUGUGUACAGCUCAGCACCCUCUACCCAGGUAUGCUCGUCUGUCUGCGCGAGCUGGGAGGCGAUCAAGCGUCCUUUCCUCCCCAGGACAGCCAGGCUUUCGAAUAUUUCGAGCAAUCGCGCCAACUCGCCAGCAGGCACACGGAUUUUGACAAAGUCGAUGCCCAACUUCAUAUCCUGUCUUGGCUCGCCCUCUACUGCGAUACUAUGGCUCACUAUCUCGACAUGUUCAAGCAAGCCUCGGGAUGUUUUGAUGUCCAGCACGGAUGCCCAGCGGCCCAACAUCAAGCCUGUUGGAGCACGGUUGUCUUUCACCUCGCCCUAGCCAUCCACUCCUCGCCCUCGUCCAGGUUUGUGCCGGAGUCUCACUUCGACAACAUCGACCCUGCAUCGAUGUGCUCGCGCGCCAAGGCAAAUCUUGACCCGCUUGUCCGCUCACCUCCUUCGCACCCCAUGCCAGCUUCGACUCCGCCAGUCUUUCGUCUGGCAGACGAGACCAACGCUGCCGUCGACGACGUCAGCCGAGCGCGCCAACGCGCUCCCCCGCUAUCGACUUUUCGAUUUCGAACCGCGCUGCUCAAUCACAUCUCGAGACACGCACACGAUCUCUAUCAAGUGCUGCAAGUCACUUGUGGUACUGCAACCACUUCGGCUACCAUGCGCAUUCGUGCGGCCCUCGGCCAGUAUCUUAGUCCCGCGAUCCGUGGCCUGGAGAAUCUGGCACCCCGCCUGCCCACUCCCUCGUUUGCCUUCAUCGCUCUCGACGAAUGCGGCUAUUUUAUCGACUUGCUUCCCAUCGUCCGUCGACUCUGGUUCCAGGCACGCCCAGCAGCCACUUGGAUCUUGCUCAUCGACACCAACGUAGAUCUGGCUCCACCUACGUCUGUUGAUGCCUUCUACAAGGCCUCGCGCCGCCUGGACAUCGAAAACAUGUUCCAACUAUGCCGCCCCUUCUUGGCGAUGCCCACCGAUGUCAAUCUGUCAAAAGACGACCUCACAGCCAUUUUGCAGCUUGCGCUCCCUGCCGAUGGUCACAAUCUGAGCUUGCGCGACCUCAAUCUCUUGCUACCAAAGAUGGGCCGCCCGCUGUGGUACGACGCUAUCUAUCAAUCAGAAGGCGUUCUGAGGCCCCACAACAUCAUCUCCAAGCUCGUCUUCCCAGCAGGUUGGCAGUGGCCGAGCUCUACGCCCCCGGCCUUCAGCACCGGGAUCGACGAGAAUGCCCUUGCACUUGCCUCGCAACGUAUCCGUAUCGAACUCACCGCCAACAGUGGAACAAAAUUUGUCCACACCUUCCUGCAGCGUCAGAUUUCAGAGCACCUUCGCUACGUUGGCCUCAUUUCCACCACCUCUGAGACCAUCGUCACCAGCAAUCCUUCGGAGCCGGCUCUGUGCGCCGCCGUCGCCUGGUUUUUCCGUCUUCCAGGCCCUGACCUCAUGUGCAAAUGGGGAUUGGUUGUCCACGCGCUAGUCAACGCAAGAGCUCCUCUCGGCAUGGAUGUCGGUGCUCAAGGUGAGCAAGGCGUGAUGCUUCUGUGCACCAUGGCUGCCGACCUAGCAGCCACAGCCAUGUAUUCAGCCCAACUCAGCGUCAGCGAAGUGGUCCCGGCAUCGGCAGAGGUUAUGUACGAAGCCGUCGUCGCUCCAACCAGGCUCUCGGACUGGUUGAAAACCUUGAUUGGUGAGCGAUAUGUCAGGGUUUCGUGGCCACCUGAGAACAACAAGGGUGAUAAGAUGGCCGAUGACGACGUCGAUGCAGCCAACUACGAAGGUGCCGCACAGACACCGAACCAGAGCGCACAUGGCCAAUCACCGGCCGACGCAGAGGAUACGAGCUUGGCCGAAUUCGACUCUUGGGCCCAGCAGGCGUGGAUCAACUUCAAGCACGUCGUGGUGCUGGACAAACUCGUCGAUCACGAAGCAAUUGAUCCGAUGCUGCUGCCGGAGCUCUGGUUGAGGCACGCGGCUGCUCAAGGCCCGUCUAGCCAGCCGGGAUGGGAUCUGUUGAUCCCAGUGUACCACUGUGCAUCAAGCAACAAGCCUCCGAUCGGCGCCGAGCGAUUCGAUGCGCAAAAGAUGUCGUACGUUGCGAUCCAGGUCAAGAACUGGUCGUCUGCGGUUCCCGUCAAGAUCAAGAAUGGACCGGUAGGGCCAAAAUUGAUGGGACUAAUGCAACCGACACAAUGUGUUGAGCUGUUCCUGGAGUUAGGUGCUCCUUGCCACGAGACUGGACAUGAGUACUCGAUUCGACGCUUUCCCCCUUUGGCACCACCUCAUCAGUCGCCGGCAGCAGCAGCAGCGGCAGGUCGUCAGACAGGUAGGGGUAAGAAGCGCGCCCCGGAUGUUGAACCGAUCGAGCCAGACACACCUGUGCUACUUCGCCAUCAUUUUUACGUGCGAGGCUCGGAAGCGACGACUUUCCCUUUGAUCUCUCAGCUACGUCCCGAUUAUCAGCAUUUUAUCUCGUUGCUGCUGGGACGAUUCGAGACAGUCUCGGACUUCGAGUUUGAAAAGGCCAAGAACCAGCUUGUGCGCGGGUCGAGCAAGCAGCAUCAAGCCGCUUGGCAAGCCGAAGAGCAUCGACGUCAAGGUCUGCUGGUACGCGUGGGCAAUCUCAGCAACUGA